AUGGCCACCCUCCUACUUCUGGACCGCAUCUCGAAGAGGUGUGACCUACUGAUUACUGGGCCGCCGCAAGGUCACCAGAUCGCCUACCAAGGGAUGCUACAGUCCAUCACCUAUGACUUCGCCAAGAUACGUGAGGUGGUCGACACUGCCGAACGGAAAAGAUCGGGGACCUUGAGCAAGAAUCUUGUUUUCAGCGAGUGUGCCGUGGUAGCCAUGGUGGCUUGGCUCGAACUAAAUGUACAAUUCCCACAGUUGUAUCUCAAGUUGAUCACGGCCACUAUCUCCCACCGAGAUGAGCAUACCCGCAGCUUCAAGUAUUACGCCACUGUUGAGACAUAUCACGUCCAGACUAUCGAGAGCCGUAGCCCAGGUAUCUUAGUGGGUACCCAAGAGGUUCUUGGCAUCGGUCGGACCUGUAUGAGAAAAAGGUAUGCGUUUAUCAUGGAGUCCGCCCUCCUCAGAUCAACGGAGGAACCGUCAGCUAGUCGGAUCCACCGUGUGGAUCAGAUGUUUUACCACUAG